AUGACUCAAAACGACAGACACAGCUUGCAGGUGAUAACAUGUGCGCUGUUUACUAUCCUCACGUUACCGAUCGAAACCUUGGUGGACUCCGACUCCUGCCCCACUGUUUGUGAAUGCUCAGAGUGGAAGACCUACACUAUCUCCUGCUUUGACAUUGAUGUCAUUCCCACAUUUCCUGCAAGCACAGAGACACUAUGGCUUCUGGAGACGCGUCUGAAAUCAGUGCCAGGAGAUGUCUUCUCAAACCUGGUAAACAUCUCAAGGAUAUAUAUAUCAGUGGAUGUGACACUAAAGAGGCUGGAGAGACAUUCCUUCUACAACCUGAAGAAAAUCACCCACAUAGAGAUCCGGAACGCGAGGAGUCUGUCAUACAUAGACCCAGAAGCAUUUAAGAACCUUCCAAACCUGAAAUACCUGGGUAUUUUCAAUACUGGCCUCACCAUCUUCCCUGAACUCACCAACAUUCACUCAAAUGACAUUAACUUCAUACUUGAGAUCGCUGAUCAUCCUUACAUCUCUGAGGUCCCAGCCAACUCAUUCCGCGGUAUUACCAACCAAGUGCUGACAGUGAUGCUGUACAGUAACGGCUUCACAGACAUCCAACAUCAUGCUUUCAACGGGACCAAACUGGAUGCUGUGUACCUCCAUAGAAAUAAGCGUCUGACCAGGAUGGAUGAAAGGAUGUUUUCUGGCACUGUCAGUGGCCCAAUGCUUCUUGACGUAUCCCUAACGGCGGUGUCGUCCCUCCCCACGGCAGGGCUGGAGUCUCUCAGGGAGCUAAUGGCCCUGAGCGCCUGGAACCUAAAGAAGCUGCCGCCAAUCAAAACCUUCAAACACUUGACCACCGCUGACCUCACUUACCCCUCUCACUGCUGCGGCUUCAAGAACCUCAAGAAGAAACGAGGAUACCUGGAGUACAUCAUCUGCAACCUGACAGCGUUCUACGACCAGCACCAGAAGAGGUCCAUGGGUCUUCUCACAGUCCCAUCCCUCCAGGGAGACCCCACUGCAGACACAGCCGACCAGGAGCCCAGCGAGGGGGGCUUCAGAGAUGGUGUGUUGAAAGAUACCCAGGGAGACCCCACUGCAGACACAGCCGACCAGGAGCCCAGCGAGGGGGGCUUCAAAGAUGGUGUGUUGAAAGAUACCCAGGGAGACCCCCGGAGAGACUUCCACAGCAGCCUCCACUACCAUGCUUACUUUGGGGGGCAGCCGGACGAUGACGUGGGCUUCGGGGAGAUGCUGAAGAACCCGCAGGAGGGCACCAGCCAGGACUUUGACAGUCGCUACAACUACGUGGUCUGUGAGGAGGGCGAGGAGGUGACCUGCGCCCCUGCACCUGACGAGUUCAACCCGUGCGAGGACAUCAUGGGCUUCAGCUUCCUGCGUGUGUCUGUGUGGUUUGUGUCUCUGCUAGCUGUAGUAGGUAACAUGGUGGUGCUACUGGUCCUCCUCACCUCCCACUACAAGCUCUCCGUCUCACGCUUCCUCAUGUGUCACCUGGCCUUCGCUGACCUCUGCAUGGGGAUAUAUCUCCUCCUCAUCGCCUCUGUGGACCUUCACACCCGGGCAGAGUACUACAACCAUGCCAUCGACUGGCAGACGGGACCGGGCUGCAGGUUGGCGGGGUUCUUCACGGUGUUCGCCAGCGAGCUGUCAGUGUAUACGCUGACGGUGAUUACGCUAGAGAGGUGGUACGCGAUAACGUUCGCCAUGAGGCUGGACAGGAAGUUGCGUCUGCCCCACGCUACUGCUGUGAUGCUGGCUGGAUGGUUGUUCUGCCUCCUCCUAGCGGUGCUCCCCCUAGUGGGGGUUAGCAGCUACCAGAAGGUCAGUAUCUGCCUGCCCAUGGACACCCAGUCCACCGUGGCCCAGGUCUACAUCGUCUCAGUCCUGAUCCUAAACAUCCUGGCAUUCCUGGUGAUCUGUGCCUGUUACAUCAAGAUCUACGGUGCUGUGCACAACCCUUACUACCGCUCCGGGUCUAAAGACACCAACAUCGCCAAACGCAUGGCCGUCCUCAUCUUCACUGACUUCCUGUGUAUGGCGCCCAUCUCGUUUUACGCCAUGUCGGCCGUUGUGGACCGGCCGCUUAUCACCGUGUCCAACUCUAAGAUCCUACUGGUGCUCUUCUACCCUCUCAACUCCUGUGCCAACCCCUUCCUGUACGCCAUCUUUACCAAGGCUUUCAGGGGGGACGUCUUUAUCCUGCUCAGUAAGAUGGGGCUGUGCCAGCAUCGGGCGCAGCUCUUCAGAGGGCAAGCAGUCAGGUCGAAGGGUAGCAAUGGGGUGUGCCACCAGGGCCGGAGGGGUAAAAAGAGAGACACUGACAGGAAAGGAACAGGAGGACCAGAGGAGGUGCCGAUUCACCUGCAGGAGUGUUCUGGGUCUGGUCACACCUACCUCCAGCUGGCCUCACAACAGCCCAGUCCUGAGGAAAGCCGUAGCCUGGAAACGUGA